CAGGGGCUCUGCUGUACAUCUCAGUGUAUGACUCAAGCUGCAGAGAUAGGCAACACACACACACACACACACACACACACAUACACACAUUCAGACACACAGUGCGAACUCCUGGUCUGACUGGACCGGUCAGACCCUGCACGGACAGGAACAGAUUCCCCUCCGGCUUUUUCACAUCUUAUUGGACCAUGUUUCCUGAAUAUGUGUGUGUGAGAUCGCAGCAUGCAUUCAGUUCAGGCAGGGAUGUGGGACCCCCGGCCCCCAUCUAAACAUGCCUCACACCUCCCCCUGCCGCAUCUCUCCAACUCACGCCUCGCCCAUGUGACCACAGCCACCCCGGCCAAGCGGAUCACCUUCUACAAAAGCGGCGACAGCCAGUUCGGGGGCAUCAGGAUGGCAGUCCACAAGCGCAGCUUCAAAUGCUUUGAUGCCCUGCUGGACGACCUUUCCCAAAAGGUGCCCCUGCCAUUUGGUGUGCGGACUGUGACCACUCCCCGUGGCACCCACGCCAUCAAACACCUGGAGCAGCUCCAGGACGGUGGCUGCUACCUCUGCUCUGACCGGCGGCAUGCUAAGCCAGUCAACAUGGAGCUUGCCAGCAAACGCCCAGGCAUCUGGUCCCAUCACAGCCAGAAGCCGCACCGGCCUGAAACCUUGUCAGCAACACCGCCCGGCCAUCUGUCUUACAGGCAGCGACGGAUCCUGCUGGUGAAGAACACUGAGCCAGGAAUGAGGAGGAGCAUCGUGCUAGGCAGGAGGUCGACCAGGAGCUUGAGGGCCUUUCUUGAUGAGGUUUCUGAGGUGAUGCAGUUUCAUGUCCGCAAACUCUACACUGCAGAGGGACGCAGGAUUGACAGCGUGCAAAGCUUAAUAACUUGUCCAGGUGUGUUGGUGUGUGUUGGCCGGGAAGCCUUCAGCCCAAUGCUGGUAAACUUCAUCAGGAAGAGCUCAGAAGAAAAACUGCCUGGUCUGGGCAGCAGGUCCCCUGGUCUUGGCCCCAGGACUCCUGGAAAUGGGGCCCGAUCUCCUGCUACUCAAGGAGCAAGAUCCCCACCUCAUGGAGCUCAGUCCAGAGCCAGCGAGUACAGCGAAGGGCAUGAAAGCAAGAAAAAUGUUAACUUUGGUCUGGAAACCAAGAAAAGCAUCAUCCACCCUCGUUCAGACUCCUCAAACCGCUCUGCCCGUUUCUCCUUGUCUUCAGAGAAGUCAUAUAGCAAUGGUAUCAGCGCCUAUUCCCAGGCUAGACCGGGUAUUAUGAACGAAGACAUUGAAAAGCGUGUCGUGGUCAAUAAAGAUGGCAGCCUCUCAGUAGAGAUGAGGGUGCGUUUUCGCCUACACAAUGAGGAAACCCUGCAGUGGUCCACACAAAUAAAAAAAUCCCCAUCUCUGAGCAAUGAAUCUUGCCCCCUGAGCCAGGCCCAGCCCCAUUACCUGCAGCAGGGUCAAUCAGAGAGCUGCUCUGACCCCGAUUCCACAACCUUCGAGCCAGAGGGUGUGGAUUAUUGCAGCCAACCACUGCCACAUGUUUCAGCAGUGAAUCACUGCCCCUGCUGCUACCAGAGACAGGAGCAGCAGUACGACUUAUGGGAAAACCCAGCACACAGCCACAAAAAGCCUCCUGUCCCUCCCCCACAUACAUCCAGUCACACUAUGAUGAGACAUACACACUCUUCUAGCUCUUCCUCAUCAUGUAAUUCUAGGAGGGUGGUGCGCUGUCGAGCACGACUCUCCAACUGUGGAGGAGGUUCCGGUUCAGAGCAGAGCCAACUGCUCCAGGAGGACAUGUGUGUGACGGAGCAGGUUGAGCGCAGAGUCGAGGUGGAGAAGGAUGGAGACACCCAUGUAAAGGUGCACAGGGUGAGCCGAUGCUGCAGCCGCAGUGAAGUACUUGCAGUGGAUAGCAACCUACGACCACUUAGCCAGAAGUCAUUAGAGGAUGAGCUUUUGGUGGAGGAUGACGGGUUGCGUCCGCUGUCUGCAGUCAGCAGCUCCUCACAUGUUCUCCAAUCGCUGAGAGAAGACGAGGAUGAUGAUGACCUGCCACCCAGCGCCUCACAAUGCUGUCAUAGCAUUGAACCAUCCCAAUCCCCAGCUCACCUGAAUGAUAAACCAAAAAGCAACAUCUCUUCCAGUUCCAUCCACUCUACUGAACACAACAAGCAUGAGGAUGGGGAAGAGAGAGGAAGUAGGGCAGUAUCUGCAGCCUCUUCUUGCCACUAUGGAGCAACCACCCCACAUUCAACAGCUGAAGCAGAGGAGAUGGAGCUAGGAACUCGAUCCAAGAUGAGCAGAGCAUCUUGCAGGUCCAGCAAAGUCAAUAUCCCUACCUCAGAGGAAGCUGCAGAUGAUGAGGAUGAAGAGCUAAAGAGGGUUGUUAGUGGCUUGUCUGGUCACACAGGACUUUCGGCAGACUCUCGGCAGUCAAGGGCAUCCAGUGCAUGUCAUAAUUGUGGAGGCUGCAAACAUGGGAGAAGCCCCAGUGCCCUGUCGGCUCAGUCCAACCUGUCUGCCAAGUCCAGCAAGUCUCACAAGGCCAACUGCAGCGGCACAGCUGAGGCCAAAGAGGAAGCAGAGGGAGAGAACGCUGCAGACAGACCACUUAGCUCCUUGUCAGCCAAAUCUGGUACUUCUUCAAAGACCAGUGCUUCAGUCAAGUUAAGUAAUAAGGUUGCCUCCCCAACUGACAAUACAGCUGUGGAAGAAGUUGACACAAACGAAAGAACUCCCAGUGCGCUUUCUGUUAAGUCUAAUGCUUCUGACAAGCCUGGCAUGGCCGAAAGACCCGAUAGCGUCCUUUCUGCUAAAUCAGCUAAAUCAACUAAAUCAAAUGUGUCAGCAAAGUCCGGCACAUCUCACAGGUCCACCUGCAGUCACUGUCCGAGAGCAGUAUCCCCAGGUGAUAAGGCAGCUGAUGAACCUGUUAUUGAAGCAACGGAACAGGAAGAAGGAAUGGAGACAGAGGAGAGAGCAGCAAGUGCCAUGUCAGCCAAGUCCCAUCUGUCUGCCAGGUCUAAUAAAUCCCAUAAGUUCACCAAAGCUUCGGAAAGGUCACUUUCUCCCAGAUCAGAAACUGGAGGAGAUUGUGAAAAAAGGGCAGCAAGUCAAUUGUCUGGCAGAUCAGUUAAAUCUGACAUGUCUGUUAAGUCUUCAAAGUCAUGCAAGCCUAAAAAUAAUGGGGAUGAAAUCCCGGCAUCUCCAAGCUCAAUGGUAGCUGAGGAAAAAGAAAAUGAGAUGGUAGAAGAGGAAACACAGGAGAGGCCAGAAAGUGUAAUGUCUGCUAAAUUGGAAAAUGAAGAGAGGGCAGCCAGUGCAAGGUCCUCUAAAUCUCAUAAAUCCAACUAUAAUGAGAACACAGGGGCAAGUUUGGACACAGGAGACGGUGAAAAAGCUGAGGACAGGGCUGCCAGUGCUUUAUCUGGUAAAUCAGCUUCCUCUGCAAAGUCUCACCACACAAAUUGUGAAGCAAGUUCAAGAGUGGCUUCUCCAACCAAAGACACAGCAGAGACAGAGGACAGAAUCCCCAGUGCCAUGUCGGGGAAAUCACACAUCUCUGCCAAGUCCUCCAAGUCUCAGAAGUCAAACCGCACGGCUGCAUCUCCAAAUCCAAAUGAUGCCAAUGUUCCUUCUAUUGAGACAAAUGAAGAAGAGAAGCAAAAUCAAGAGCGGGUGGCUAGUGCUAUGUCUGUCAAGUCAAAGUCUUCAGUGAGGUCCAGUACUUCUCACAAGUCGAAUUCCAACAAGAAUCUAAAAUCUGUGUCACCAAAUCCAAAUAUUGUCACCAUUAAAACACCAGAAGUGGUUGAUGAGGAAGGAAAUGAGACAACAGAGAGAGCACCGAGCGCUGCAUCGGCUAAAUCAGGGAAAUCUGCUUCAUCACAUAAGUCGAAUCAUAAUGGAGCAGCUGAUAUUACUGUUACUGAAACAGUAGAUGUAGAUGAAAAGGUUGUAGAAGACAAUGCACCAAAAAGUAAAUCUUCUGAACAAUCUAAUGGCCAAAUGCUCUCACCCAGGACAACACGUUCCCCACGGACCCACUCACCCAAAGCUCCAACUACAUCCCCUAGAAGCCCUCAAGCCCCUGUGCAACAGUUGUUGCCUGGUCCAGACACAAGAGGGGCCAGUGCCUUGUCAGUUCGCUCAACAACCUCUGCUAAAUCCUGCAGAUCCAAAUGUCGCUGUGGAGCAGCUUCAGCAAAAAAAGAAAAGGAGGUGGAGGGUAAGGAGGUGGAAGAUAAGGAGAUGGAGAACAAGGACAACAAUGAGGAGCUGAAGAAUGAGGAGGCUUCCGAGCGGGCUGCUAGCGUACUGUCGUCCUCAACCAAAAGAUCGAGAAGAGAAUCAGGGGGCACUGAGCAACCACUGAGUCGAAACUCUUCAGGGUCCGUCUCUCUUGGGCUGCCAGAAGAUCAAGAAACAGCUGACUCAGACAGUGGCAGGUCCAGUGCUUCUUUUCACAUAAACACUGAGAGUAAGAGCAGAGUGAAGACGGCAACUCCUAAAGCUCCCAGUCGCACAGAGCAGUCUGCCAUGAAGGAAGAUGUGGAGGAAACAGGGUCCACUAAGUCUCAAAAGUCCAACAAAAAUGGCAGUAAAAGCACUUUGUCUCACAAUCCUCCAGCAGUCGAUAUCCCCACUAUUGAAACACCAGGGCAAAGUGAAGAUAAAGGUGAAGAAGGUGCAGAGCAAAAAUCACUAAGAGCAGCCAGUGCAUGUUCAGCCAAAAGCAACAGGUCUCACAAGUCUUCUUGUAAGUAUAGCGUCAAAUCAGAAUCUCAAAUGCUUGGCAUUAAGCCUAAAGAGAAACAUGCCCGUACCAGCACAACCAAAGUAGAAGAUGACCUUGAAACAACAAGUGUGAAGUCUGCUUCAACAGUAAAAGCUCAUAAUUUAGAUGCCCCCAACAACAGGACCUCAUCUGCAAUGUCAUCAGCAAGUGCUAAAAUUCGUUGCAAAUCCCCUGCAUGUUCUAGCGUUAAAAAUGCCAAUGUAGCAAAAACAAGUGCUGGAGAUUCAGCACAUAAUGACGCUGAAAACCAGGCUGUUAGUAGGCCAGCUAGUGAGGCCGAAGGGAAAGAAGAUCCUGCAGACAACGAUGCGGCCAGUGUGCACUCCAAGGGUCCCUGUUGCCUCAGGCCUGAGUCAGCAGCUUCGGCUCACUCAAACUGUUUGAAUCCAGUCAAAUGUCAUAAGGCCAAAUCCAGUAGCAGUGUCAAAACAUCCCAUUCUCAAAAGAAAGAAACACCUAUUAAAUCCUCAAGCCCUUGUCCCUCACAAAACUCCAGACCAGGGAGCAAAGGGGAGACAUGUAGUGAGAGCCUUCUGUCUCACUCUCUGUCCGCUGCUGACCUGCUGAAGGAAAUCAUGGCUGCUGCACGUCCACACAGCCGACAGUCGAAGGCGAGCAAAACCAGUGACAAGCCAAGGAGUGAGAAAAGUGCGAGGUGUCAGAGAAGCAGGAACCAGGUGGUUCAGGAGGAGCUGGAACUGACACCUGCCUGUCUGCCCAACGCUUCCCCCAAUGAGGUUGUCAGUGACUGGCUGCGGAGCAUUCCCACUAACAGCAGCAUGCUUGAAUUUGGCGACGAGUCGCAUCAGGAAGAAGAAGAGCAGGAGAAGGCAGCAGAAGAGAAACCUGGAGAAGAAGCAGCAAAGGAGGAGAGUCCUGAAGAAGAAAAAGUGGACAACAAGGAGGAAGUUGAGGCUGAAGAGGAAGAGGAGAAAGAGAAAGAGGAGGAAGCUGAAUGUGAAGUGGCAGAGAAGGAGAAGAGUUCAGAUCCAGCUCCAGGUGAUGCAGUGGGGACUUCUUCUCGUAACAACACUCUGUUGUUGAGUGGUGAGUCUGUGCCCAGGAACUGGCAUUCUUCAGCUGCAGUGAUGAAAGUUCUUCUGAGCUCUUCUACGGGUCGAUGUCAGAGCAUGCCUGAGGUGUCUCCAGUUUAUGGUCGUAGACUGAGCACAUCAGCCAGGGGGUUCUUGGACUGUUUGGCCCAGCUUCAGCUCAUUGAGCCUGCAGUGAACCCCAGCUGUGACCAACAGAAGGACCGCAACCAGCGGUAUGAGGACAUUAUGGCUAUCCUUCAAUCCCUCUGGCUCACUGACCCCAAGGACAUUGACGUCAAGCAGGCCGGGGAAGUUGGUAGGGAGCAGGUGACUCCACCGAGGUCAUCCUCCGGGGUGGAUAUGAGCAGUGGCUCAGGCGGAUCAGGAAAGGAGAAUGGAAAUGGUGCUGGAGAUGAAACAAAGCAAAACAUAACAACAAAUGAAGAGGAGGUUUUAAAUGAGGAUAAGGAAGCGGAGAAGGUUGCAGAAGAGGAAGAGGAAGAAAAUGCAGAGGCCGGAAACGAGGAAGUUGAGGAAAAAGAGGAGACAGACACAGCACAGGAACCGGAACGGAGUGAAGAACAAAGUUCAGUCCCUCCAAGUCUGGACAGCCCAAAAGCCACUGAGAACCCUUCAUCAUCAGAUGCUAACGACAGCUCUAAAUCCCCCACUGAUAAUGAGCGUGAGACGAUGGAGGACUCCAGCUCAAGCACGCCCCCGACUGUCCUGCGAGCACCCUUGUCAAAAAAACAAUCCCAAGACCCCGAUCCGGUGUGGAUUCUGCACCUUCUGAAGAAGUUGGAGAAACAGUUCAUGAACCACUACAUUAACGCCAUGGCGGAGUUCAAAGUUCGUUGGGACCUGGACGACAGCCUCAUCCUAGACACCAUGAUCUCCGAGCUGAGGGACGAGGUGAGCCGACGCAUCCAGAGCAGCAUCGAACGCGAGAUAAGGAAGAUUCAGAGUCGUGCCGGCAAAGGGGGGAGGUCACCUCGGCCGCCGCAUGGAGGGAACCUCUCCAGGGAGUCCACCAUGACAGACAGAAGACGUCGAAUAUUGAAGGUCAUGAAGAACCAGUCAGUUAAAACUGCUGACACCCUCAGCGAUGAAGAGCUUACUGGUGAGUUCAGCGACCAGCGAAGCGAAGACGAGUACUGCCCCUGUGAUGCAUGUGUCCGCAAGAAAAUGGCCGCCCGGCCUCUCAAAGCGAACCCACUGGCAGCCGAAGCACCAAUGAUGAUAGAGUUUGACCUCCUUAAGAUACUGCAGUUGAAGAAAAGCCCACUGCCUCCAGCCGUCCCACCACCUGCAGUGGAAGAAGUUGAUAGCAUUGUCAUAGACCAGGAGGAGCGGAAUUUAGAGGUAUUGCACGAAGAAGAGGAGGAGGAUGAAACUAAAGAGGAUAUCAAAGCUACUGUUGUUUUAGAGGAGACAAUCCCAGAGGAAGAUGAGGAAAUAGAGGAAAAAGAAGACGGGGGUGAGGAAGGAGAAGAGAAGGAGGCAGAGGAGGAAAAAGAGGUUAGUGAUGAGGAACAAGAAGAGGAAGAGACAGGUGGAGAGGAAGCUGGGGAAGAGGAGGAGACAGGUGGAGAGGAAGCUGGGGAAGAGGAGGAGACAGGUGGAGAGGAAGCUGGGGAAGAGGAGACAACAGAUAAUGGAGAGGAUGAAGAGGAGGCACAAUGCCAAUGCCAGUGUGGCAAAAAUGAGGAGGAGAGUGACAAAGCAGAAGAGGGAGAAGAAGGAGAGGGGGAAACUAGCAACAACACAGGUGAGGAUGAGACAGCAGAAGAUGAAGAGAGAACAGGGGAGGAAGAGGGGGAGAGUGCAGAGGAGGAAGUGGAGACAGAGGGCAAUGAGGGAGAGACAGGAACUGGGGAAGAGGAAGAGGAGAGUGACAAAGAGACAGUAAAGGAUGCAACGGCAGGUGAAGAAGACACCACUGAAAAUGGCGAGGGUGAGGAGGAGGCAGAGGCGGAAGAGUGUGAGGUGUGUGACUUUAAACCUGAGGAAGAAGAAGAAACAACCAGCAAGGAAAGCGGAGCAGAGGCGUCCGGGGAAACGGAGGACGACAGUGCUACAAAAGACACGACGAAUGAAGAAUCCACGCCAGUGGAGGGAAACGACAGCGCUUCGGCUGAGGCGGAGGAUGAAGAUGACGGGGAUGAUGGCAGCGGAGAGGGGGAAGCGAGUGAAGAGCAGGAAAGGGAGGUGUCGGAGGAGGAAAGACCCUCAACUCAGGGCCAGGGGGUGACGGAGGGAGAGGAGGCCGACGCCGAAGACUCAUCCACCGACAGCAAACGCCAAAGUGACACCAGUCCGGACGAAUCAGGACGCGAGGGCGCUGCAGCCACAGGAGACGAGGAGGAGAAAGAGGGCGGAGGAGAUGGGGCUGAUGAGGAGUUCAAGCCUGAGGAAGAUGGGGAAGACGAAGAGGUGAACAAGAACAAAAGGGAAGCGAGUGCUCUCCUCCACCAGUUCACCAGGACCUCUGUAGAGUCCCAGCCCGGCUCCUUGGAGGACAUUGACACAGAAUCCCCACAAAACCCUGGAAACCUCAUAGAAGUGCCCAAAAUGGCUGAUGGUGGAUCCACUGGUGGUGGGACGGGCCAGAAGAGGAGCCGGUCGCCGGCCAGGGUGAAACGCCGCAAACCCAAGGAAAGUGACGUGGAACUGGAUGACAUUUAACUCAAGACUUCUGGUGUGGAUUCACAGACAUCAGAAGGUCCAAGACUCCCAUAAACCAUUCACAGGUAGAAUUAGCCUAUGUAGGUUAAAAAAUUGUAACCAAAAACAGACACUUGAAGCACUUUAUCACUCCAGAUCCAGUGUAGGAGGAGUUAGUGACUUACAUGUAGAAUCUUGAAACUUGAAACCACCACCUUAUCCUAUUUAAUUAGGAAUUAUAUUUGUAAUGGUUAUAACUAUAUUUUUUAAGUUAACUGUAUCUAUGAAGGGAAAUGUCUAUUUCUGUACUGUAUGUGUAUGAAUAAGGUAUAUUUUGACACGUAUUUACGUGAGUUUUGUGUUCAGUGGACCACAGGUUUAAGGCUUGAAUCAUAUAGCCAUUAAUAUACCAAGUACCUCGGAGAUAUGUUAGAUGUUAAUUGACUAUUUCAGUAGUGUUUGACAUAACCGGUGUAUUGAUAUCUGGUUUAUGUAUCAGUUCAAUUCUUCAUCUAUUUUUGGACUCAUUAAGGCUGUAUUCUCAGGGGUUUUGACAGCCAGUUUGCUUUUGAAAGAUCAUCUCCUAGUAGUUAACUAGCUGCGUGAAUCUGUAGACUAUAAAGAAGACCUCUGUUUUAAUCUACUAAAGCUCUGUGACGUAAGAUUAUUACCUGAAAGGAAUAGUCUGACAUUUUCUUUGCUUUCUUGCCGAGAGUUAGACGAGAAGAUUGGUACCACACAAAAAAGCCUGGAUGAUUAGCUUAGCAUAGCAGCAGGGGGGAAACAGCUCGCCUGGCUCGGCGUCUACAAACAUAUUAACGCCCACUAAUUAAGGCUAGACACAAUGUGACAUUUAGAGUUGCUAAAAAAAAAUGUACCUCUGGCUGGGGCCAAGCCAACUGUUUCCCCCUCCUUCCAGUCUUUACGCUAAGCUAAGCUAAUAAACUCCUGGCUGUAGCUUCAUAUUUAGCAUUCAGACAUGAAAGUGGUAUCUAUAUAACUCUCCAAAAAUGUUGAGCUAUUCUUUUAAGUAACUUGUGGAUUACUUUUUACUCAAAAAUGUAAUUUAAUCCAAAUCACAAACUGUAUUUUCAUAGUUUUAUUGUAUUAUAUUUGAAUUUAUAACACUUAGAAUGUGUUUUCCCUUUAAAUAUGCUCAUUAUAAACUCUUUUCAGUAACUGUAGCUCAUUAUAUUUAUGUAGUCAGAUUACUGUGAUUAUUUACUGUAUGCAUUUCUUUCCCAGGAAUCCAGUUAAAACACUUGCACAACAGAGCACAAUGUGACACUGAGCACAUCUGCGUGUUUCUGACACACAUACAGUAAAUGCCGCGAGGCAAACGUCUGAAUUUCAGGUUGAUGUAAACCUUUCUCUGCUGCUUAAAUUCAGGAGCUUUUUGUGUGUGUGUUAUUGUACAUGCUGUAAAUUCAAGUGGGGUUUGCAGAACCAGCCAUGUGGAACAACAGCGUGAAGCGUGUUACUGAUGCCUUACUGUAUCCAUGGUUAUAUGAAGGUAGAUCGACAGAAACAGAGGGGGAGAUCACGGUUAAGUGGCUGUUUUUUGUUUCCUGACAUCUCUCAUUCUGUAAGUGGCUCUCCAGCAGAAUCAGAGAGUCUUUUAAAAAGGCUGGCAUGGAUUAAAGCUGCUCUUUAAAAUGCUGGAAAAAUAUACUUUUUAAAGACCCCUAAGGAGUAUUUUCCCUCAUUUAACCAAAACCAUGGGCUCUUACUGCCUGACUGUACUUUUAGAGCAGAUAUUCUGUUAAUGGUCAUUGUGUGUUCAGGUCAGUGUGAAUGAGGCAAAACAUGUGUAUCUCUUUUUUUUUUUGCGUAGACUGACAAAAGCCUCCUGUUUGUGGUACCAAGAAGGUGAGCGCGUGUGUGCCUAUGCUGCUAUUGGUCUGUUUGGGUGUCCAUCAGUUACUGAACAUCAUGUACCUAGAGCAAAUGAAUGUGAUAAUGUUGAUACAAACUAAAUAAAUGCACAGGAUGGUGAUUCUCAUAUUA